CGGCUUCCGGGCGCCCACUUCGAAACGGCAGAGCGUCGCCGGCCCCGCCAUGACGCAGUCGGUGGUGGUGCAGGUGGGACAGUGCGGGAACCAGGUGGGCUGCCGGUUCUGGGACCUGGCGCUGCGGGAACACGCCGCCGUCAACAAGAAAGGAAUUUAUGAUGAAGCCUUAAGCAGCUUCUUUAGGAACGUAGAUACAAGAAGUGGCAGUGAUGGUCCUGGUAUUUACAAAGGAAAAAUCUGCUCUUUAAAAGCACGAGUAAGGCAAUCUAUAAAGGCACUGUUGAUUGACAUGGAGGAGGGUGUGGUAAAUGAAAUUCUGCAGGGACCAUUGAGGGAUAUGUUUGAUAGCAAGCAGCUUAUCACAGAUGUUUCUGGUUCAGGAAACAACUGGGCUGUAGGUCAUAAGCUAUAUGGCUGUCAGUACCGGGAAAACAUUGUGGAAAAGCUGAGGAAAACCGCAGAACAUUGUGACUGUCUGCAAUGUUUCUUUAUAAUUCAUUCCAUGGGAGGUGGGACAGGAUCUGGUCUUGGAACUUUUGUACUAAAUUUGCUUGAGGACGAAUUCCCAGAAGUGUAUAGAUUUGUUACUUCAGUUUAUCCCUCUGGUGAAGAUGAUGUUAUUACUUCUCCAUAUAAUAGUGUUCUGGCUAUGAAGGAGCUUAAUGAACAUGCAGACUGUGUGUUACCAGUAGAGAAUGAAUCUCUGUUUGAUAUAGUUAAUAAAAUUAAUCAGAUGAUCAAUUCUGGGAAACUGGGGUCAACCGUGAAGCAAAAUAGCUUGGUAACAUCAAGUACAGGCAGUGUAAAAACUCUCCAAGAGAAGCCAUUUGAUGCAAUGAAUAAUAUCGUAGCCAACUUGCUGCUGAACCUGACAAGCUCUGCUAGAUUUGAAGGUUCCCUGAACAUGGAUCUUAAUGAAAUCAGUAUGAAUUUGGUUCCAUUUCCUCGACUUCAUUAUUUGGUUUCAAGCUUGACUCCUCUGUAUACGUUGGCGGAUGUUAACGUACCUUCUAGAAGGUUGGAUCAGAUGUUUUCAGAUGCAUUUAGUAGAGAUCAUCAACUAAUUCAAGCAGAUCCAAAGCACAGCCUCUACCUUGCCUGUGCACUUCUUGUUCGAGGAAAUGUGCAGGUUUCAGACCUUCGCCGAAAUAUUGAAAGGUUAAAACCUUCUCUGCACUUUGUCUCCUGGAAUCAAGAGGGCUGGAAAACUGGUUUGUGUUCAGUACCUCCCGUGGGCCAUUCCCAUUCACUUCUGGCUUUAGCAAACAACACCUGCGUAAAGCCAACUUUCAUUGAACUCAAGGAGAGAUUUAUGAAGCUCUACAAGAAAAAGGCUCACCUUCACCAUUAUCUGCAAAUAGAUGGGAUGGAGCAAAGCUGUUUUUCUGAAGCUGUGUCCUCGUUGUCUGAUCUAAUAGAAGAGUACAAUGAACUGGAUGUGACAAAAGGUGGGCCUAGAACAGACCCAUCAAGACUGAAGAUAGCUGUUUAAAGAAGGAAGAACUGCUCUUUAUUUUUUUGUUUAAAAAGAAUGAAAUACUUCCUAAGCAUCCAGCGACUUCAGUUAACCAGAAUGACUUGCAGCAUGCCUGGCUGUUGUAAUUCUGAAGUGGGACCAGGACAACGGCUUCCUCAGCUCAAGAGUUGUCAUAUUAAGUGAUAAGCCCUGCCUGUAAGAAAGAUUUGACAGCACCUAAUUAUAGCUGAUAUCAGUAAGAGCAGUAAUCCUAACUGUGGAGUAAAUUGACACACCAUAUGCUGUGAAGAGAAGGAAAAGAGAUUUUAGCAGCCAAAAAUGUAAUUCUUUUCUCAGACUUUACAGUAAACUAAAGGUAGGCCUUGCUUCAAAGAAAGAUCACCAUUGCUAGAUUUGGUUUUUAAUAAGCAACUACGAAGAAAAGAAAAGCUUAUGUAGUCUUUUCAAAGAUGAAAGCAAGUCUCUAAUGAAACUACUUUCUUAAGCUUUACAGUGGACAUUUCAGAAUGCUCUAAGCUAUGUUCAUCAUUUUAAUAUUUUUGCUUCUAUGUUGUACUUAGCUAUAUUAGAGCAUUCUGAGUUGAUACCAAAAUUGGCAAUAUCAGAAAAUUCCACAAGAUAAAUUUUGUUUCAAGUGUUAUACUUGGAGUAUUAAUUAACAUAUUAUUUUAAUGACUCAUUUUCCUGAAUGCUGAGUUGCACUUAAUAAUGAGAUAAUACAGUAUACCUCUGACCAAAACAUGCACUUAUAGUGAAGUUAUAUAUAUAUGUAAAGAAUUAUAACGAGUGUUUGGAGAAUAGAGUUUAUAGGCUUGAAAGAAGGCAAGUAAAAUAGAUGUUUUAAUAUUUAUAAUUAUCAGGGUAAGCAGCUUUUUAUAUUACAGUAAGAACUUUUACGAAAUAGAACAUACAGCUAUUUCCAGUUGCUUACCAGCCUCGGCUGUCUUAAAACAGCAGGACUGUUUUAACAUCAGAAUGGAUCAAUGCAAUGAUUUCUUGAAGCUUGAAGUCCUUCUAGCAGAGUUGGAGUGGGUGUAUAAGUAAGCACAAUUUUCAAUGUACACGUCCAGAAGCAUUCAAUAAAACAUUGUGCUAGCAUUUGUGGAGAGCAUUUUUUAAGAAAAUGUUCUAAAAAUAAUAGUUUCCUUGAAAUGUUGCAUCUAUUAUCUGCAGUUGCCCGCCCACUUUUUAGUCCUUUACACAUGCAUUGUUUGUAUUCACAACACUAGAGGAACACUAUCUGCUGCAAAAAGCAAUCUGAGUUUAAAGUUGAAUUCUUCAUUUUCAAACAGCAUUGAUGUGUUUUACUGUUGCAGAUACAUAGUCGAAAAGGUUAAUUUAAGAAUCAGGAAUGAUAGAUGAAGUAUUACAGGGUAAUAUUUUUUUGUAAUAGGUUAGAGCAUGUUUGGGUUUUUUUUGUGGGCAGCAUCUUGUUACAGUGAGGCAUGAAGCUGUCUUGCUUUGCCUUUCUUAAUUACCAAAAGUUCUUGUUUGGACAGUACUAGUGUUACAUGCAUCCUUCUUAAGAAUGUAUUUCCCCAUAUAAAAACAGUUGCAUUAAAAAGAUGCACUGUUGCUUGUGUUUUUCAGUGACAUUUAAAAAAUGAGUAAGUAUUCACUUAUGUUAUUUCACUGCUUAUACUGUUUAUACUGCCACAGUAUAAACACUGCUGUGGCAGAGGGUUAUGCUAACUCUUCAGGGUGUGAAUGUGCUUUUGCAUUGUCAGUGUGUUACAGUCAGUGGUGUAACUUGUCAUAGGACUUUGAGUUCCGAAAACAUAUCUCCUGGAGCACUGCAAAUCCUCUGACAUACGCAUGACGUUAUCCACAUCAUCUUCCACUUGAAGAAGCCUUCGUUGGGACACUCAAACUGUACAGUGAUCAUUUUGGACUUAUUAGGUAUGCAGCACCUCUUGUCCAAGCACACCCCACAGAAAGUUAGUCUGUAGCUUUGAGUAGUUGAGCAUCCAGAAAAAACUAGCUUCUCUGCUCUUGGAAGCUGGAAUGUUGGUUGACAUGUUUUUCCUUUUGAAAUCUUUAAUAUUAGAACAAAGAAAAGCCUGAGUUUUCUAUGCAUUAAAAACAGACCGUGUAAGAAAUAGUUGGAACAUUUACUUAGAAAUAUCUUAAAAGUUAGUCUGAAACUAACUUGGUCUGAAACUGCCUUAUUUUUCCUUUAGCAGUCAACAAAUAGAAAAUACUUUUGGAGUGACUGUGCAGCACUAGCAACACAUCUAUAUCAGGACAUUACAUUUUUUUUGCUUUAAAUUGCACAUCUGUAGUUUACUAUUGAAGCCUGAAGAUUGAAUGUAGAAAACAUAAGAGUUAUUUUAAAACCCUUAAAAAAGAAAGAAGUAAAUGUUUUAUUAGUAACUGCUAAUACAUCCAUUUUUCCACUAGCUCCAACAUUUUGGUUUUCUAUUAAGAAGUAAUUUUAUAUUAGAAAAUACCUUUAUUUUCUUCAGCAUAUUAGUCAGACAAGGCUGGAUGAAGCAUAAUCUCUUUUCUUUUUUCAUCUCACAUCUUCUGUUGUCGUUGGUCACUCUGCUGGAUAUACCUAUACCACAGGUCCUGGAGCAGGGUGUCCAGGGAGUUGCCUGUACAAGGCACUUUUUCUUCAAGACUAGCGGUAAGGUUCUGUAAGCUAAGACAGCAAUAUAUUAUUUAUGCAGCAGAACAGCCCCAAAAGGAUGAAUCGAAAAUACAAGGAUACGACUUUGAUUUCUGUUCCUGAAGGUACUUCUGGAGGUAAACGCAGAAAUGAGACAUAAAUAACAUUAUACAAAAGCCAGCUGAGCUGCUGUUAAACAUUACUGACACUGGAUACUCAGAUCCUAGUAAGGACUAUCAAAUUGCAUAUGUUAUAUGACUCUCCAGUUCCGCUUAAUGGAAAUGUUAUGUGGAGAGGGUUAUUUGUGGAAUUUUUAUGGAAUGUCCAGAUUCUUUUUAUUUUAUUUCAGGCCAAACAUAGCUUGUAAAGGGCUGCUGCAAAACAUUAAUGUUCAUUUCUUUGUAGAUACUGUGAAGACUUUAGGGUUUGUGUUGAGGAAUAAAAUACUCUAAUCACCAAAAA